AUGGGUUGUAUCAAAUCAACAGCAGUUGGAAUUCAAAAUGAAACAGAAACUCUUUCAAAACACACUCAGAUUUCUCAAGGCAAAGUCCAGCAGCAAAACAAACGUGGAACAAGGUUGCCAAGCCUAGAAACAUCCGUUAACAAUACUGAACAAACUCGGCAGCCUAUUUCUUCAUUAUCUCCGACACCUAAACUACGUAACCAAACUAGAAUACUAUCACCAGACAUCUCCAAUGAAUCAAGUCAUUCCGAAUAUACUUAUAUGAAUGUUCUUCUUCUGGGAGAAUCUGGUGUUGGUAAAUCAACGUUUAUCAAUGCCAUUGUUAAUUAUCUAAAAUUUGACAAGCUUGAACAAGCUCGUUCUGGUCAACCCAUUGUACUUAUGCCUGUUUCAUUUCUUUUGACAGUUGGUGAUAAUUUCGAUGAACGAAUAGUUAAAUUUGGUGAUGAAGAUCCCAAUGAAGAUCAUGAUCAUCCAGGUC